CGGUGGGCAGAUUGAUGUAGCUCAUGGCGGCUAUGCAAACUUUAGCACCGAGAGUCCGUGGGUGGAAAUAUUUCGUCUUACUGCUCGCAGCCUGGAACGUUUGCCCGCCAACAACUCGAAAAGAGGCUGUAUUCGGGGGCGGGGCAAAGACAAGACGUCCCACCUCUCAGCUACGUGAAAAGCCUGGAGCUCGACCAUCCCCUCGGGAUCUGGCCAUGGCGUUUCCUUCCCUUUCUGCGGGCCAGGAUCCCUGGAGGAGCUUGUCUUCGGAGGAGCUGGAGAAGCAGUACUCACCCAGCAGAUGGGUCAUCCGCACGAAACCAGAGGAAGUUGUUGGGAACUUCGUGCAGAUAGGAAGCCAGGCCACCCAGAAGGCCCGGGCCACCAGGAGGAACCAGCUGGAUGUCCCCUAUGGAGAUGGCGAAGGGGAGAAACUGGACAUCUACUUUCCCGAUGAGGAUUCCAAGGCUUUCCCUCUGUUCCUGUUCUUGCAUGGAGGAUACUGGCAGAGUGGAAGUAAAGAUGACUCGGCCUUCAUGGUAAACCCACUGACUGCACAGGGGAUCGUGGUGGCGAUAGUGGCUUAUGACAUUGCACCCAAAGGCACACUGGACCAGAUGGUGGACCAGGUGACCCGCAGUGUUGUGUUUCUCCAGAGGCGCUAUCCAAGCAAUGAGGGAAUCUACCUCUGCGGACACUCUGCAGGAGCUCACCUGGCUGCUAUGGUGCUCCUGGCCCGCUGGACCAAGCAUGGUGUCACACCCAACCUCCAAGGCUUUCUCCUGGUGAGCGGGAUCUACGACCUGGAGCCCCUUGUAGCUACCUCCCAGAAUGGCCCUCUGCGCAUGACCCUGGAAGAUGCUCAGAGAAACAGUCCACAGCGACACUUGGAUGUGGUUCCAGCACAGCCUGUGGCUCCAGCCUGCCCUGUGCUGGUGCUUGUGGGUCAGCAUGACUCCCCAGAGUUCCACCGGCAGUCCAAGGAGUUCUAUGAGACACUUCUCCGAGUGGGAUGGAAGGCCUCUUUCCAGCAGCUGCAUGGUGUGGAUCACUUUGACAUCAUAGAGAAUCUGACCCGGGAGGAUGACGUGCUCACCCAGAUCAUUUUGAAAACAGUCUUCCAGAAGCUGUGAGGACACCCAGUCUCCAUUCUGUAUGCACCUCAGAGAACCUUCAGAAAAGAGGUUCCAUCUCACACUGCCUUGCCUGUCCACCCGGUACAGUCUCCCUGCUGUGAACACAAUCUCCUCUCCUGCCAUUCUUCGCCCCACCCAGAUGAAGGCCCAGGGAAAGCCUGCAGAUUGUUACUGGAAAAUGCACACAGCCACCACCUGGCCAAGUCUGCCCCACCCUCCACCCCACCCCUGCCUGCUGACAGGGAGUGGCCAUUAACUUCUGGCUGGCUUUCUGUGCCAAUUAGCAGUAUCAGUGUGGACUAGCUGGGGCUGAGGCUGUAGCUGAGUGCUGGAGUUCUGCCUAUCUCCUACUGCAAGAGAAGGUGGGGUGGGGAGAAGAAAUGAAGACAGACAGACAGACCAACCAAACACUGGGGGAUGUAGCUCGCUGGUAGAAAGCAUAGGAUCCUGGGUUUCAACAAGGAAACCGGAUACUAACAAGGAAAAAAGAAAGAAGAGAGGAGAAACAGAGACAGGCCCAGUGUAUACCUGAAUCCCAGCACUGAGGCAAGAGAAUUGCUUGUGAUUUCAAGACCUUCCUGGACGACAUAGCUAGACCCUGUCUCAAAAAGAAAAGGGACUGGAGAGAUGGCUUGGCAGAUCAGAGUGCCUGGCACUGAGCCUUGACAACCUGUGUUUGGUCCUGGGGACCCAUAUGGAAUGAAACAACUCCCCCAAAUUGUCCUUUGGCUGCCAUGUGUGUGUAUCUUAGCAUACACACCACACAUACAUGAUGAUGGUGAUAAAAAGAGCCCAUGUUUGUGCCUGCUGUAUGAACUAACAAGGAUUUACUUAGAGCUGCACCAGCCCAGAGAGGCCCCCCUGCACAAAAGACCUGUGUGUAGCAGGCUCCACCAGACCUGACAACUAUUCCUGCAGCACACCACUGGGCCUUCUGAAACAGCUGGUGUGGGCUGUAGCCAUACUUCUUGCCUACUUUAUUGGGUUCUCAUAGCUACCACUCUUUCCCACCCCAAUCCCUUCCAACCCCCAACACUAGGGAGUUGAGAAGGUUCGAGGGGAAGGGGGGCAUAGAUCUCUUUAGAUGCCCUGCUGAUUAGGGGCAUUGAGAUCCUUGGGGCAAGAACAGCCAGCACGUCAUCAAACAGCAAAGGAACCACAGGGGACAUAGCAGCCACCUCUUGGGGCUCUGACAUUUUUAUACUCUCCCAAGAACCCCCCAGAAUUCCAAAUGUCAACUCUCUUCAGCUGGCAGACUCAGCCCCUGCCUGCCAGAGCAGGGGACAAAUCGUAGUUGCAUGUGGACAAUCUGAAGCAGCCCCAUUUCCCACACCUGGCAUUAAAACCAAAGCCUAGUCACAUAA